CCCUCCUCUUCCUCCUCUCCCUCCUCCUCCAACUCCAACGCCGCGUGAGCCUCCCGGGGGCUUCUCCACAUCGGCCUCGUCCCGCGUCCCCUGGCGGUGCAGGACGCGCGGCUCUCCAGGACGCGGAGACUCAAACAACAACAACAACGAAAGCAAGGAGUUUCAGCAACUCUGUUUGGAGCCACGUGGAGAGAAAAUCCACAGUUCUCCCAACAAGGACUCCAAAACCCCCCUUUCUGUGGAAAACUGGAACAGGAAGGGAGCUGAUGGGAGGGAGACAACUUUUGAGUGGAUGAAAGUGAAAAGGAGUCAGCAUCGGACGGGCAGGAUGAACGUGACCUCUGGCUUCAGCGUUGUCGCCUCAGAUCUCGGUGAUCUCGGCCUCUGCCCGGACGGCCACCACCACGCCGGGGUCCCCAGGACCAGCUACAGCACCAAGCAGCUGACCGAGUUGGAGAAAGAGUACCACUUCAACAAGUACCUGACUCGAGUCAGGCGGGUGGAGGUGGCUCGCGCCCUGCAGCUGAGCGAGACGCAGGUGAAGGUCUGGUUCCAGAACAGACGCAUGAAGCAGAAGAAGC